AUGCGACUCGACGUUGUCAUUUCAGCAAUAGCCAUGCUGGCCACUGCUGCCUCCGGCCAACACAGCGUCAACUGCUGGGGAAAGGCCUCGCACCCCAGCUUUAACAAGCUAAGAUACGCCCUCGGCGAGGUCGAACACUGGGUAUCUUCUGUAGGGACUGACGGUAACACGUGCGUCGACGUGUACUGCAAGUCUCAUAUGAGCAUCCGCUACUGUGACGAGGGUGGCGAGUCUCGCAUCAUGCCCAUGCAAAACAUUAUGGACAGUGUCAAGGUUAUUGCCCACGACUGCAAGACGGAGUACAACGGCAAGACCGUUGCCGGCGGUGUUGUCGACCACCCUGACUGGUGGUCCGUGAUUGUCCAGACAGAGGACGACCGUUGCAAACAAACAGGUCCGCACUAUUAUGGCCCGGCUGAUAUCUAG